AGCAAAGCCCUUUUUCUCCAAUUAAAGCAGUUUCCUCAAUUAAAGGAUAUUGUUUUCUCAGUUAUAUAUUUCGUAAUUUUCAUACAUAUCUAUCUGAGAAAAUGGCUCAAAUCAUUAAGGAAGAGCUAGAAAUAGAAGUCAAAGCCUCUGUAGAGAAGUUCUAUGGUUUGUGGAAGCAGAAGCCAUACCAAAUCCCCGGUGCAGCCUCUGCACAAAUUCAGAGCUGCGAAUUGCGUGAAGGUCAAUGGGGAAUAGUGGGUUCUGUCCUAUACUGGAAAUAUACCCAUACAGAUGGAAAAGCUAGAGCCGCGGAAGAGAGAGUGGAAGAGAUAGACGACGAAAACUAUUCGAUCACUUUCGUAAAGAUCGGAGGAGAUGUUAUGGAGCAUUUGAAGAGCUUCAAAGUGACAAUGAAAUUUAUACCAAAAGGAGAGGGCAGCAUGGUGCAGUGGAUUAGCGAAUAUGAAAGCAAGUAUGAUGGAAUCGUUAUGCCUGCAGGGUCAGCCAACUCCAAGAUGGAUGAAUUUUUAGUUGGCCUCAUCAAAAAUAUUGACGCUUACCUUUCAAAGGCAUAAAAUUACCGAGCUUCAUCAAUAAAUGCAUAGUGUUUGCCCUUUCUUAUAUUCGUACAAAUUAUUAUUAGUUUGUUUGAAUAAAUAUUUAGGAUGAUUGUCCAGGAAAACAAUGAUUUUAUCAUUGGACUUCUUCCUAGAAUUGGGAUUUUUAUGUCACAUGGUGAUCUUUGUAUGUUUUGUUGUGUAUGUUAGAUCCAAGUUUUCUUAAUUAGAGGGCACUCUCAAUAAUAUCUCAUAUGUCGUAGCCAACUAUAUAUCCAUCUUCUUAUAGAUGGGAUUUAGAAGAUGUAAUUCUUCUUUUGUUAUGGAAAUUUG